AUGGAAAUGAAACCGGAGUUGCUCACCUUCAAUAAUCCAGUUUUAUAUCUAUAUGUCAGUUCAACCUGCAUCCUAAUACUAAAGAUGCUGUCGUUAGGAAUUAUAAUACCUCUUAUCCGUACAAUAAAGAAGAUUCCUGGAUCACCUGAAGAUGCUAAAUUUCUUCAAGCUAACAUGAAAGACAUUGAUACGAGAAAGGAAUAUUUGGAACGAGUAAGAAGGUCACAUUACAAUGAUCUUGAGAAUAUACCCUUCUUCCUCCUGAUUGGACUGGUUUAUGUGUUAACGGAUCCGCCAGCUGGCCCCGCUAAGAUUUUAUUCCGCGUCUAUGCUGCUGCUAGAGUGAUUCAUACUGCCGCUUAUAUUACUAAAAUUACAUUUAUAGUCCAAUCGAAAAAUUAUGGAAUCUUUACAUUUUUGUAA